AUGGAUGGACGAGAGUUUCAGCACUAUGUACCCUUCCGCUAUCUUGCCUGUGAUCGCUUUACUGUCCAACUGGCUACGGGCUCUUCCUCUAAAGUCCCGACUGGGCUGGCCCUGGUCGCAAAAGUAAAUUGCACGAUUACGUCGAAUACAGUCUGCAAGUGCACAACCGGUCAGUUUUGUCUAAAAGAAGACUGUGAUUUAUGUCACGAUCACAUACGGUGUCCGCCCGGUCAAUAUGUAAAGAAACCCGGAACUCCACGAAUGGACACAGUGUGUGAGAAAUGUCCACCAGGUCACUACAGCAAUGAAAGCAAUUCUGCUGAAUGUUCCCCGUGGACGAAAUGCCAGGAAUCGGGUCGUAUUCUAUAUAGAAAAGGGACAUCGACCACUGAUUCUGAGUGUAAAGACAAGAGGAGUCAUGUACCAAUUGCAGUAGCAAUAUUUUCAUUAUCAGUUAUUGUAUUGGUAAUACUGCUUUACUUCUUUUUUUUAAAGCGAAAUAACGAGAAAAAUAGAAACAUGGUGCGACCACAUUCCGUUUAUCCUUUUCCAGUACAAGAAAAAGGACCAGAAGUAGUCGGCAGUGAACGCGAGGAAGGGACGUGAACAUUUGUUUGGAAAAUUUUGUCCAGGAAAAGCAUCACCUGCUCUACAUUCCGAUAUUUGUACCUAAAGUCAAUAUUCUGGAAGGAGGCAGACACAUUUUCUAAUCUGCAUAACUACUUUAAGACCAGGGAAGAAAAGAUAAUUAGGAAGAUUCAAGAACAUUUUUAGAAGAAAAACUCUUUGUUGACCAUAGCAACCAAUCACAGCACAGAUUUCAUUGGUGACCUCACUAGAAACUGUGCUGUGAUUGGUUGCUGUGGUCAACAAGACGACUUUUUUUUUCUAUCGAUGAAAAGAAAAAACUAACCGUUGACUUAUAGGCCGCUCCAUCCACUUCCACCACAUGCUGUGCUAUUCUUGCCUUUAGAUAUGAUGGAAUUUCGUUGCAAAGGCUCUUGACUGACUUGGGAAAGGAGACAAGCUUAGACCGGGUUGUUUGGACAAUAUAUUGUUUUUUCAUCGUUCAGAGUGGCAUUAAAAAAAAUUGUCUCCUCUACUGAUUCCCCUCCCCCCUCCUGUCUUCCGAUUUACUUCAAGUUCUUGCUAGUCUAAGCUUCCUGACCCUUCUCAACUCCCAGGUUAUCACUGCAGCCAGUGAGUAAGCCUGUGUAAAGGAAGUCUAUCCCAGGCUUUCUCCACUGCAGUCACUGCCGUGUGCUUGGGGCCCUGCAUUAAACAUUUUGUAAACCAU